CAGGAUUUGAUUCCAGUGGUACCCAACGUUGCUCAGUCAUUCUGCCGGUAUUUUUUUCCCAAGAUGCACCUCAUUGAUUUUUUCCUUCCGGUACCUGAUUAUGCACGUGUGAAAACAAUACAGAUGUGACAUUGUAAGGCAUUGCAAAAGGACAGCAAAUAUCAGAUAUUUAAUUUGUAUCGCACAUUCAAAUGAUCUUCAUAGGAAAAAACAUAAACUUUCAUUUUCAUGUUUGUUGCACAACGUCACAAGAUGGCGGUCAUUGAACUCAAUCAGCUGUUGGCAGAAAUGCACACAGGUCAUAACAAACAACGGGACGUAUCUAAACUUAAAUAUUAUAAACAACAAGUUUAAAGCGUGUGCUCUUGAUCUUAAUAUAGUAAAGAUAAGAAUGAGUGUGUCAAUACAAGUUGUCAAGACUUUUCAACAGAAAAAUCACAACUUUGUCAUUGUAACUGUGUUUAAACUGGGUCACUUAACCACAACAUAAAAAACCAUUAGUGACUAGGAUCUAAUUAUAUAUUUCUGCACAUUAUUUUUGAAACAUUGCAACAUCAAAAUAACAGAAACAGACAUGGAAAUCACAGGUGAAGAACCAGAUACAAAUAGAAUUUUUGUUGUAAUGUACCUGGGGUCCUCAAUUCUGGACAGAAGAUAUCCACCACAAUAUGUGAUGCCCUGGGUGAUGGCAGAAGUUAAAAGAAGAAAGGAAUCCUUUAAAGAAGUGAAUCUGAGAGUUCUUCCACAUAUUCUACAGGCUACAUUACUUAAUGAUGAAAGUGAGGAACCUAAAGUACUAUUCUCUCAUAAACUGAUUUGUUUGUCUAAGUUUGCCAAAACACACCAGGACCCAAGAUGCUUUGCUUACUUAUCUAGGCCUAAUCUGUACUGUGAUUAUGAGUGUCAUGUUUUUUUGGCACAUACAGAAGAAAUGGUUCCAGAAUUAUUCAGUUGUAUUCAGGAAGAAACAAGACGAGAUUUGUUUGAAGAUCUGGGUGAACAGAAAGUUUCAGAACCUGCUAAAGCUUUCUAUGAAAUUAUGUACAUUGGUCGAGCUAAACUUAAGUGCAAAAAGAUAACUUGUGCUCACAUAGACGAUCUUUAUGGUAAGCUGUUAAAGAAGGAAAUAGAUCGUAAAAAGAUGCUUGAAGAUAAAUUUGAACAACGAAGAAGGCACGGAAGUGGAAUGAGUACUAAAAGUUUACCAGCAACAUUGGAAGAAAAUGUUACAGUUACAGAAAAUGAGCUGCAGAAACAAUGUGAGACAAUGAAACCUCAUGAUAUUUUCUCUGAGAGCCCUGCAAGUAGUGCUGAUGAACUGUCUAGUCUGAGUGAUCAGCAAAGUUCAACAGAGAAUGUCCUGGACAAUUCGGGACACUUUUCUCUUGGACUACCAUCUAACAUCAGUGAAUUGUCUGACUCAGGGGAGUUAAUGAAAGAGGAACCUAUCUUCAAUAAAGCUUUGACAAAGACAGACAAUGAACAUUCCUCUAAAGAUCUUCACGUACAUUUCCACGAGAACAGUAUCACAACAGAACAGGAAAACCCGAACCGAACAAUGCUGUUCAGAUUAGGUGCAAAUGAGGUGUCUUUAAUCAGCUUGGACAAGAAGUCCAUCAUAUUGGACAAAAGGUUCAAAGAUAUUUCUUCUGUUUCACAGGGAAAAGAUAACUCAGAGGUGUUUGGUUUUAUUGCCAGAGAAAAUGGAAAUGUUUUUGUGUGCCAUGUAAUGAAAUGUCAUUCCUUCUCUGUAACAGAUGAGAUCAUGUCUGUUCUGAGAUCAGCAUUCCAGUGUGCAUUUGAACAGACUCAUAAACAGAUUUGUAUAAUGUGUCCAUUACACCAGCUACAUAAGUUGUGUCAGGAACUUAAUGGAUUAUCUAGUCACAAUGCAUAUGACCUGUUAGAGAAAAGACUUCACAAUCUACAGGAGAAAGAUGUCGCUGAUGUCCAUAACCUUGUACAGUUUGAGAAUCCUCAGAGUUAUGAUGAGAUGGUAGAGAUAUUAAUGAUUGGUCUGAGGAAGUUAUGUGAAGUGAAACAGAAGGAGCAUACACAUUUAUCUGAUGCUAAUAAAUCAUCUGUUAAAGCAGAGGUAACUGAUCCGUACAAGUCAUCUACAAGGACACCGUUUAACAUUAUAGAGAGUAAAGGGAAAGCAGCAUUGUCAUUUGACUCGAUCAAGAACAAAUGUAAGAAGAGUUUAACCACGUCGUUUGAAUCACUGAUAUUAAGGGGUAAAAAGAAGGAAGAGGGAGAAAGAACUAGACACAGAAGUGGUACAACAGUGAGUGAAUAUAGCUGGACAAGAUCUUUUGAUUCUUCAGCUGCCUCUACUCCAGAUUGUUCACCAAUGCCGUCCCCUGCAACGAUGAACUCUCAACAGUUCCACUACCCUAGUCCACCUGGGUCACCUACGGAGGGACGACCUCGUAGUCAGACAUUGGGAACAUUGUCAGAUACAGGUUUAUUGUCCAAGAAAUUCCAGGAUAUAACCAACUUAGUUAAACCUAAAGAGAAAGAAUUGGAAUUACAUGACCCACCAAAGAGAAGGAAUAGCAUGAAUAGUCCAAUGAAACAAAUGUUUCUGCUUGUUGGUAAUAAUUUCAGUAAAAAGCCCACACCCAUACCAGAUGAUGUCUUAGAUGAAUCAGAUGUAAACUACACAUCCAACAGACGAGGAUCAUUCAGAAAGACUAUUUUCAACAGUGUUGUCACCCCUUCAAGAACACCACAUUCUGUCAAAGAGAGUCCAAAGGUUGAAGAAACCAGCGUCAAGAAAACACCAGAAGAAAUACGAGCUCUGUGGAGGAAAACAAUUCUUCAAACUAUGCUCCUUAUAAGGAUGGAGAAAGAAAAACAAGAUCUUAAAGCUCGACAACAUGAUGAAUCCCAACAGAAACCCGACUUAGAUUAUGAGGAGAUAACUCCCUGUCUUAAGGAAGUUACAUUACAGUGGGAAGAAAUGUUGACAGAAGAAGAUCGGGAUACAAGAUUUAGUCCUCAGGUUGUCCUAGACUGUGUUAGAAAAGGUGUACCUAAACAAUUACGUGGUGAAAUAUGGUAUCUGAUGGUUGAUCAACACAAGUUACAUUAUCCUUCCAAGAAUGACAUGUCUCCGUCCAGAGAAUAUCAAGAUUUGUUAAAAGAUCUGACUGAAUACCAACACAAUAUACUCAUAGAUUUGGGAAGAACAUUUCCAGAACAUAAGUAUUUCUCCACACAGUUAGGUCAAGGUCAGCUGGCACUAUACAACCUGCUAAAGGCCUAUAGUCUACUGGAUAGAGAAGUGGGCUACUGUCAGGGACUUAGUUUUAUAGCAGGGAUACUCCUCAUGCAUAUGGAUGAGACCUCAGCAUUUGAAACCUUACGUCACAUGAUGUUUAACUUAGGUCUGAGAAAACAGUUCCAUCCAAGUAUGAUGCCUCUACAGAUACAGCUGUAUCAGUUGACAAGACUGAUCCAUGAUAACUACAGAGAAUUACAUGACCAUUUUGAGGAGCAUGAGAUAGCGCCAAACUUGUAUGCCACACCAUGGUUUCUAACGCUGUUUGCUUCACAGUAUCCUCUGGGAUUUGUUGCCAGGGUUUUUGAUCUCAUAUUGAUGCAGGGUGCUGAGGUAAUUUUAAAGGUUGGCCUCCUGUUGCUUGGGAACCACAAAGAGUUAAUUUUACAGUGCAAUUCCUUUGAAUCAAUAGUAGAAUUUAUUAAGACAACAUUGCCUGAAUUGGGUAUUAUACAGAUGGAAAGGAUUAUUAUUCAGGUGUUUGAGUUAGAUAUUUCGAAGCAGCUUCAAGCAUAUGAAGUAGAAUACCACGUCCUGAGAGAGGAAAUGAUCUACUCUCCUUCCUCAGGUGAUACAGAUAAAAUAAAGAAACUAGAAGACAUGAAUCAACGACUAAAACAACAAAACAACGAGCUUCUGGAGAGACUACAAAACAUGAACAGUCAUCAACAUAGCCUGGAUAUUGUUAUACAUAACACACAGACCAGUGAAACUAAGUUAAAAUCACAUAUAAAGACAUUAGAAAUAGAAAGGAAAGCAUUGUUAAAUGCUAUUAUGAAACUAAGACAAUUAAUUCCUGAAGAACAGUUUCAAAAACUAGACAUCUUGUUACCUCCCUUGUCACCUAGCUUACAGUCGUCUCCAAUUCAUCAGCCAAAAAAUUUACGAAUUGGUGGAAAUUCUAGAGCUCAUCAUCAUGUAUCUAGAAGUAAAAGUUCACCACUGGCACAUACACCUGAAUAGAUCUUGUAUUGUUAUAGCUGAUUAUAAAAUACUGAACAAAAAGAGAGAAAAAGCAAAUAAAUACAAUAAGAACAAAUUCUAAUUGAUUAAAGUGAGGGCUAUUUCAAUAAAAUCAAUGUGGGAGGGUAGCAUUGGAAGUUUUGAUUUUGGACAUCAGUUGUUGGACUUUGGAGGGGGAUAUUGGCAGUCCUAUCCUACUCUCACAUGUCAAUUUUAAUGGAAAAGCCCUCAUGAUAUUGCACUAUAACUUGAUUAUUGAUAUUUUAAAUAGAUAUGAUAUUUAUAAUAUUUAUUUUUAAAAAAGUGGUGUUUGAAGAUGUCCCUUAGAACACAAUACUAUACCAACCUAUUGCUCUGUGUUCAGUAUUUUGGAAUUAGUUAAUAAUUAAUUCAUGUAGUUGUGAUAGAAUGCCAAAAUGAAUUUUAAUUGAGAUUUUUACAAUACAAUGCAAUAGUCUAUAUAUAAUGUUUCAUCAAAUGACAUUUACAUGUUUAUUAUAAACAUGAGAUUUUUUAUUUGUAAAUUCAGUUAAGAAUUGGUCAGUUUUAGUAUAAACUGUAUUAUUAAGUUAAUAUGAUACAUUACUGUAAUAUUUUAGGUUAACUUCUGUUUUUCCUUUUUCAUCCAACCUACAUAAAAUACUCUUAUACUGUUCCCUUACAAAAAGAUCAUCUUAUUUUUUGCCCCAUCAACGAUAGUAGAGUGUUUUAUGUUUUCAAAGUCAGUGGAGUUUGUCUGUCCUGUAUCAGUUUAAAGUUUUGGUUUACCAUGAAAUUUUGGUCACAUCAACUUUAAAUUUAGUACACAUCGUCAUUGUGAUGUGAACUUUUCAAAUAUAUACCAUAUUAAGAUUUUGUACCAGAUUUCAUGGUUCACUGAUCAGUUUAGAGGUUUAGUGUAAGUUAGUUAACCAUGAAGUUUUAUUUACACCAAGUUGAAUCUUAGUACACGGGAUCAUGAGCUUUUAAAAAUAUAUGCCAAAUUAGGGUUUAAACCAAGACUCCAUGGUUCACUGAACAUGGAAAUUGGAUAAAAAGAGCAGGGCAUUUUGUCCUUAUGGACAUAUUCUUGUUAAGUCUGUAAUAUUCAUACAUGAAUGUUAAAUUGAAUAAAGGAGGUGUGAGGUAAAGGUCAGCUUAAGUUAAAUAAACCCAGCUUCAUGUCUUAACCCAUUAGGUCUCUGAAAUGUAAUGAUAGAAAAUCGAGUCAAGAAUUCCUUUCGUUUAAAACAAUGAAAUUGUAUUGUGCCAUACAAAAUAUAAAUCUGCUGAUAACCUUAAUCAAAACCUGCAAUGAACUUUAUAUUGGUUGUAGUGAUUUUAGAAGUAAAUCUUGUUAUCUUAUGUUAAUUAAGCAGAUGUAUUUUUUAUUUUAUGCUGAGAAAUAUAGAAGUCUUUCAAAUCCUGUCCAAUGAGAAACCAUUUAUUAUUUCAAACUUAAAGUAGCAAAAGAGGAAUUAUUGUAAAAAGAUAUUGUAUUAUGAAAUAAUUGUACAGUAUUGUAGGGUAGUUUAUUAAAUUUGUUUUUAAUAAAAGGAAAUAGGGUAAUUAGAAAGAAAACUUUAAUUGAUUUUUACAUACUUGAAACUAUUGUCAAAAAUAAUUGUUUGUAAAAAUGUUAAACUUGGUAGAGAUGAUUCCAACUUGAUGACAGAUUAUACCACAUAUUUUGUGUAUCAACUUUUCCAUUAGGAGACAAAAUCAUUGUGUAUUUUUUGUGUAUUUUUUUUUACAUCUUUAAUGAAACUACAGGGUUAAUUAGAAUUGAACUCUAUCUGGAUUAUCAUUGGAUAUUCCAUUUUCAUAGAAAUAUGUAUAAGUGAAUUAACUCAUCCAUUCCACCCUAUUUUUAACCAGAACCUCUGAUAUAGAAUAUGGCUACAUUGAAUGGAAAAACAUAUUGAACAAAUAUACAAUGGAUGUAUAUCUUUCUAAAUUAUAUAAUAAGAAGAUGUGGUAUGAUUGCCAAUGAGACAACUCUCCACCAGAGACCAAAUGACACAUGAAUAAUAUCCAUUUCAACAAUCUGUCAUUGUGAUAAAGAUGUCAUAGUGCAUGAUCAGCUUCUGAUUUAAUUUCUUCUACAUGCACUUGCUAAUCUUGGCCAGGUCAUAUAUUUAUUGGUAUAGCCUUGUAUACUUUCAUGUAAACCAUUUGUGUAUUUAUAACAGUAUUCUAUUUUAAAUGUCACAAAUACAAAUAGUUAUGGGUAAGGGUAAAAAUGUUAGUUUUAACACUGAGCUUUUGAUAUGAUUUAUUUAUUGACUGUAAAUAAACUAUUUUUAUUGAACAAAGGGUCUAUUACCUCAACUAUAUGUUUGUCUCAGAAAGAUCUCUUAAUUUGUGAGAUUAUAUUUAUAUGUAGAACAUAUCAUUUUCAAAGAUCUUAACAUGCAUCAGGAUCAGUGUUUUAUAUAACACAUAUAUAGUCUGGUAAGGCCUUACAAAAAUAUUUGCUUCUCAGACCAAUUAAAACAAUUUUUGAUGAGGCAGUGGUGGUUUUUUUUUUUAAAGGUUCAGCUGAAACUACCUUGAAUGACACCAAAGAUGAUGCAAACUUUGUGAUAUGUUUUUCAAUAUAUUGGAUAUUGUGUAACCUUUUACAAAAAAGUUUCCCUGAUCAAGGUCAUAAUUUGUAAUAUUGGAACAGUACAGGAAUUUGGAAUGAAGAAUUUCCAGAUUUUGUAGUUUAAAAAAAAAAAUAAAGUCAACCUCACUAGAAUUUGUAAAACACAACAGUGACUGAGAAGUUAAUAAUAUUUUGUAGGCCUAAAAGAUCUCAUCAUAGUCACAGUUUCAAUAAAUUCUCAUGGUUUAAAUUUGUACCUACUACUUAAUCAUUGUCUUCAUAAUGAAUACAUUAUACUACAAUACAUCAAUUGCAGGAGAUUUUUGUAUGAAAUAAGACGUGUUACAAUUAAAGUUACAAAAUCAUGAUUGGUCAGUAGCAAAAAUACCUGACCACAAGUAUUCAAAUCUUAUCAAAUCAUAAAUAUUAUUUGUAGGUUUAAUUAUUUUCUUUAUCUCAGGAAGAUCUCAUUUUCACAAUUAAUUUUCAAGGGGCAUUUAAAGGUGUCUGUAAAGACUCUGGAGUAAAGGGAUGUUAUCAAAAGUCAUCUGAACAGAUGAAAGGGUAUGCUGUAAUUUUAGUUAUUAGGUGAUAGGGGCUUGAAAAUUCAGUUCACUGUGCAUAAUAAUUUGAACAAAAUAUUUGGUAAAACAUGAGUCAAUAUAUAUAUAUUAUAUAUAUGUAUUUAGUAUCUUUAUUCAUGAUAUGUAUUAUGUGAAAUAUUUCAUCUUGGCUUCAUGUCAUAUAUAUAAUGUUUUAGUUGACUGUUAGUAAGGAUCAACCUUACAAUGAAGAGGUUAUUCAUAUACAAGUGACAGUGAGGCUUUUUGUUGCAUACUAUUAGUUGCUUCUCACCAAUUCCAGUCAGCAUGAAUUAGGAUUUUUUCAGCUCAUUUAAUAUGGAAAUUGAAUUAUAAGCUUUGAUUUGCAUAUUUAUAUCCAUUUUCAAUCUAGCAUGAUAAAGGUUUUGUUCAGUGUUAUUUUAUGGGAAUUGAGUUAUAAUCUUUAUACAUAUCAAUUUCCAUUUUCCAUUACGAUGCUUUAACAUUUGAGAAUGAAUAUACAUAUAUACAAAUAACACUGCUUGAAUUAUUUCACAAAAAAAAAUAUAUUUAUAGUUACAGAUUAAAUGAUCAGAUCUAUUAAUAAUAACCAUAUCAGUUAAGGUAUGGUUUCAUCAGUAGUGUAAAAAAAAAAUGAAGAAGAUAAAUUAAGAAGAAACUUUCCAUUAAGGGAAACACCUUUUUACAACAUGUGUGUCUUGCAUACAAAAUUAUAAGCCUGUUAUCUUUGAUGACGUUUUUUUUAUCUUUAAGGUCUUUAUAUGUACAAUGCAGGACAUGAUAUUUAUUUCUUCUUGUUUUCUUUGAAACUACAUUUUGGAAGAAAAAAAAUAGCUAAAUAAAGUAUAUUCUAAGAAGCAGAUAUAAACAGGACAUACAAUAUUCCGUCAUUUUACGUUCAUUUCUCAAUUGAAGCAUUUCAGAAAAAAUAUUCACAAAAUAUUGUUUAAACCCUAUUUAAGUAGUAGUAUGAUAUGGGGUAAGGGCCAUAUGAAAUCAGUAUUUAUUGGGUUUUGCCAUUUCAUGACAAUCUUAAUUAUUUAAAAGAUGUUUUCUAGUCUUUAACAACAUCUUGUCACAGUUUUUUUUUUUUUUUAGAAUUGUGUAUUCAAUUUGUCAUAAAAUUCUCUUUCCAAUUUAUCUAUGCAUUAAGAAAAGUUUGAUUAAGUAUUUCAAUAGAAAUAUAAAUGAUAGCACUAGUGGAUUAUUGCUAGUGAAAAUAUGAGAAAGGAACAUUCAUCAUAUCACAUCAAAACUUUUCCUUUGUGAUGUGUAUCCUUUGGGGGAAACAAACUCUAAUAAUUUUUUCCAUGGUAACAACCUUGUUACAAAAUGUGCUCAAUUCUGAUCUUUAUUUUUCAAAUAAAACCAACCUUAAGGAUUUACUCAGGUCAGGUUUAUGAAUUUUUGAGAUGUUCGGACUUCUUUAGUUUUUUCCUACAAUACAAGGUUAAAUAUUUUGCCCCAUAUCACCCAUAUUUCUUUUCAUAGAAGACUUCAAUAGCUCAUUAAAAGGUCAUUACCAAAAUUUAACCAGAUUCUAGAUUUUUUUUCUUAGACCAUUUUUAAAAAAUCAAAUAUUGCAAAAAGGAGUUCCAUAACCUAUCAAUAUUUUUAGCUUAUUUUGUUCCUUUACUAACGCUCUUCUGACUUAUAGUAUCAAUUUUAAAUUUUAGAUUUUUAUGCCCCACCUACGAUAGUAGAGGGGCAUUAUUUUUUUUUCGGUCUGUUCGUCCGUUCGUUCGUCUGUCCCGCUUCAGGUUAAAGUUUUUGGUCAAGGUAGUUUUUGAUGAAGUUAAAUUCCAAUCAACUGGAAACUUAGUACACAUGUUCCCUAUGAUAUGAUCUUUCUAAUUUUAUUGCCAAAUUAGUUUUUUGACCCCAAUUUCACAGUCCACUUAACAUAGAAAAUGAUAGUGCGAGUGGGGCAUCCGUGUACUAUGGACACAUUCUUGUUUUAAUUUCACCUAACUACAUCCUUAAGGUGACUGAUAAUUUGAAUUUCAUGUGAAUUUUUUAUCCACAUUUAAUUUUUAUUCCUGAUUACCUAAUUAUUGAAUACAUUGUGUUAUAAAUUGUAUAAAGAUUCAGAUGUAGGGAAAAACAUUUUAUAAUUCAAUAAAUUUUAUAUACUGCAUCUGUUGAAGUCAAAUACAGAUGCCUGUUCACUGAGAAUCUGUCAGUUAACCCACAGAAACCAGACAAUAUAUGUUCCAAUCAGAACUAAAGACCAAAAGUCAAUUCUCAAUAGGUAAUCAUUAUUAGGAUACUAUGAUACUACAGCCUGAAAUUAGUAUAUGAUUGUUUAGUGGAUAAAAAACCAAAUUUGAACUGCAACACUUCAAAAUGUGUUUGUUAGUUCUUCUCACAAGAAAGAAACUUGAACUGAUAACACUUAAAUACAUUUUCUUUUGUACAUUGUAUUUAGUAUUUUGCAUUGCAUUAGAGCUGAGCUCUAUGACUAUAAUUAACAGUUUUAUUUAAUACAUGAUGACUAUAGAGUAUUAGAUAGUGCACAAUUUUGAAAUUAUUUGUUGAUAUUGUUUUUCUUUUGUUAUUGCUUAUUUUUUCCCUUAUAUUUGAUUUUUAAUUAUGUAUAGAAAAGUAAGAUGGAAGUAAUGAAUUGAUUUAUUUGUUGUCGAUAGCAAAAAAUGAAAUAAAUUUUUAAAAUACAAA